CACAUCUCGCGUUUAUUUCUUACCACGAGAAAACACGAGAUUUAGUUUGACUUCCAACAUGGCGGCCGCGUGGUUCAGAUUUGCUCGUAGGAGCUCUCCUUUUUCUGUUGCUUUCAGAGCCUUUUCAGUAUCAGUAUCUCACCAGGCCUCGAGAACACCUGUGGGUUUCAUUGGCCUGGGGAACAUGGGAGGACCAAUGGCAAAGCACCUCAUUGAUAACGGACACCCCGUCAUUGUCCAUGACGUGUAUCCUGAAGCUAUGACGUCAUUAGAGGAUGCAGGAGCGAUCAAGGCCAGUUCCCCAGCAGAGGUGGCCAGUAAGGCUGACAGAAUCAUCACCAUGCUGCCGUCCAGCCCUAAUGUACAGGAGGUGUACUGUGGGGAGCAGGGUAUCCUCAGCAAGGUGAAAGCCGGCAGUCUUUUGAUUGACAGCAGCACGAUCGACCCCGCUGUCUCCAAGGAGAUGGCCGAGGUCGCUGCCAAGAAGGGCGGAGUCUACAUGGACGCACCUGUGUCUGGGGGUAUUAAGGCAGCUGCUGCAGCCACACUAACCUUCAUGGUGGGUGGUAAGCAGGAGGAGUUUGAGGCUGCUAAAGAACUCCUGCAGUUCAUGGGGAAGAACGUGGUGUACUGCGGGGAUGUUGGUUCAGGACAGGCAGUGAAGAUCUGUAACAACAUGCUGCUAGCCAUUGAGAUGAUCGGCACAUCAGAAACCAUGAACUUGGGCAUGAGACUUGGUUUGGACCCAAAGUUGUUAGCCAGUGUGAUCAACAUGAGUACUGGUAGAUGUUGGGCCAGUGACACCUACAACCCUGUCCCAGGGGUCAUGGAAGGUGUGCCCUCCUCCAACAACUACCAGGGAGGGUUCGGAACUGCUCUCAUGACAAAGGAUCUUGGACUUGCCCAGAACGCUGCAACGGCCACGAAAUCACCGACGCCCCUUGGCUCCCUCGCCCACCAGAUCUACAGAAUUCUUUGUAACAAGGGCUAUCCACUUAAGGAUUUCUCUUCUGUCUUUCACUAUCUCAGUGAAGAAGAAAAGAAAUAGGUAGCAAACUAGAAAUUUAACUGUAACUGUAGGAUACAAAGAAGUUUCUUGGUAUGGGAGGGGGGUAUUUUCCAUCUAAGUGCUCAACCUGUCAUAAAAUGAAAAAAAGGCUUAUUGCAGCAAACUUCUCUCUAAUCAUGUUUUCAAAUUUCUUCCCAAUAAUUGAAAUGUAUGCAACUGAUAUGAAAAACGUAUUCACCUUUAUCGGGACACUUGAUGGGAAACUUAUUUUGACUCAGAACUUUCAUCACCUGCCAGAGGUUCUAGAUGUUAUUCAGCUGCCUUCAUCAUAUCAGAACCAAAAAUAAAUUUUUGAAUACAAACAUCCACAUGUUAUUGUUGCGGAUGUACAGUACCAUGCUGAUAUGAUAGGCUUACUAUAGAUCCAUACAAACAUUUCACACCUAAUAUACAUAUAGAAGUGCUGAACAGAGAACAACCAUACCUAACAUGGAUGUACAUUUCUGUUCAUACCUGAAAUGGAAAUGUUGAAUGUCCACAGUACAAAUCUUGUGCCUCACUGGCAUUUAUGUUGUAAAAGCUGGUGUUAAUAAAAGAUACAAUGGUGAACUAUUGUGUAUAGAUAAGCAAAAAAAUAUGUUUGAAGUAACCAUUAGGAGAAGCUCAAAUGAAAGAUUAAAAAAAUAUCAUACCAUGUCAUCUUGCUGUAGUGAAAGAUAGCUGAAGUGAGUUUAGAAGCUUUUUGAAUAAUCAUGCUAUCAUGAUGUGUUGUACAGUACUUAACAGGGAAAAAGUUGGUCUGGUUAAGGAUUAGUUUUCCAAAGAUACUAGAUAUGUUAGAUUGGUGGAUUGUUGUGUCAGCAUUUUAAGCAUUGUUAUCUCCAGGAUAAUUUUUGAUUGUACCUCACAUUACAUCCUACUUCAUGAAUACAUUAAACUUAAAACUAUAUGGUUUUACAAUAAAAUGGUGAAAAUUA